CCAAUUGACAGUAUGCAGCGAAAUGGAUAUUCUUCUUACAUACUCCGCAGGAAAAGGGUUUUCUUUUAAAGGGAAAGCUAAAGAAAAAAGCGGAUUCCAACAACUUUGCUUAUACAAAGUUAUAAAACACUGCACACAAAAAAUGUUUCCAAAAGCAACAGUAGCUGAGAUAGACAAAUCCAUUAAAGAUUGGCUCAUAGCGUGUACAAAACGUGAAAACCGUCGACAAAAGAAGGAACAGAAGCGAAAGGAAACUGAAUCCGCCAUGCAGCUUGAAUUAGAAGACGAGGAAAAUGAUAAUGAUGGUGGAGUAGAAGAUAAUCUGGACUCAGAUCCCGAAAACCGCGAUUAAACAUAAUUAAAUUCAAUAUUCACUUCAUGAAAAAUUCUGCAACUAUCCGAUAUUCAUUUUCUUUGGAGGAUGUAGCUGUUAAAGUGUGGUCAAUACCGUGUGAAAAAGUCGAAUUCAAAUUCCUCUAGCACAUUCCUUUUACUAGUUUUGACUAGUUUUAACAUUUUUUUACUAUACUUGCCGCAG